AUGGCGGCUCUUUUCAACAAGUUCCAGCAGGCUGUUGGAGUUCUUGCCAAGAGUACCACAUUUGCUAAGAACCCAAGGCAACUGCAAUUUGAAGCUGACAUCAACAAACUGUUUAUGUAUACAAGUUAUAAUCGGUUGGGGAGAGAAGCUGUGGAGACGGAUGCAGAAGAGAUCAUUGAGAUGGCUGGUAAAGCCACUUUAUCCGAGCAGCAGAAGCAGGUCCAAGAGAACAUUCAUCACCAAGUUGAAAACUUCUGCUCUUUCAUGGAUAAGAUCCUUCUUCCUGAAGUUAGCAAGAACGAGUCCUCAUCACAAUCGACAAACCCUCCUCCUCCUCGUCAAAGCGGUCUCACUUUCGCCGUUGGUGGGAACAAUGCUUUUCCAGCUGCAGAUAAGCCCCUUGUUCCAGAGACAAAGCCUUUGACACUCGCUGAGGUCUCACAGAGGCUAAUGGAUCAAAUCGGCUAUACACUUGAGAUCAAACCGUCUGUGAUACCACACAAAGACGCUGGUCAAGGUUGUUUCAUUAAAGGUGAAGCAGAUGUUGGAACCGUCUUAGCGUUUUACCCUGGAGUUAUCUACUCCCCUGCGUUCUACAGGUACAUUCCUGGUUACCCUAAGGUUGAUGCACAGAACUCGUAUCUCAUCACGAGGUACGAUGGGACUGUGAUAAACGCUCAGCCUUGGGGUGUCGGAGGAGAAUCUAGGGAAGUGUGGACUGGCUCCUACAACACACCUUCUUCGGUCAAAAGAGAAGACAGCUUAACCGGGUCAGACAGGUUAUGGAAAGCGUUGAGCAAGCCGCUCCAAGGUUCUGGUAAAGCGAAAGAGGUUCUUGAGAGGAGAAAUCCGUUGGCUUUUGGUCACUUGGCUAAUCACCCGCCGAAAGAGAUGGCUCCGAACGUUAUGAUAUGUCCCUAUGACUUCCCCUUGGUGGAGAGAGAUUUGAGGACUUACAUUCCGAAUGUGUCAUUUGGGGAUUCUGGAGAAGUGAAGAUGAAGAGAUUUGGAAGCUUUUGGUUUAAGACAGGGGGUAGCAACGGUUUGGAUGCUCCGGUUAUGAAGACAAUGGUUUUGGUGGCGACGAGGGCCUUGUGUGAUGAGGAGCUGCUGCUGAAUUACAGGCUGAGCAACUCUAAGAGACGACCGGAUUGGUAUACUCCGGUUAACGAAGAGGAGGAUCGGAGAAGGUGGAGCUAA